AUGGCAAACGAGCCGAUUAUUCUGAAUGUGUAUGACAUGUACUGGAUCAAUGAAUUCACUACCUCUCUGGGAAUUGGAGUUUUUCACUCAGGCAUUGAGGUCUACGGCAGAGAGUUUGCCUAUGGCGGACAUCCUUAUCCAUUUUCAGGUAUCUUUGAGAUAACUCCAGGCGAUGCCACAGAACUCGGGGAGACAUUCAAAUUCAAAGAGGCUAUUGUUCUUGGGAGCACGGACUUCACGGAGGAGGAUGUGGAGCGUAUCGUGGAAGAAAUGGGGAAGGAGUACAAGGGGAACGCCUACCACCUCAUGCACAAGAACUGCAACCACUUCUCCUCAGCACUGUCAGAGAUUUUGUGUGGUCGAGAGAUCCCGCGCUGGGUGAACCGACUGGCUUACUUCAGCUCCUGCGUUCCCUUCCUUCAAAGCUGCCUGCCCAAGGAGUGGUUGACUCCUGCCGCCCUCCAGUCCAGUGUGAGCCACGAGCUCCAGGAAGAGCUGGAGGAGGCUGAAGACGCUGCUGCUUCGGCCUCAACCCCCACGCAGUCCGUCUCGCCCCUGCCCAGGGCCAACCGCCAUCAGCCGCGCCGAUAAGACCCUCCCCACUCUGCCUUCUGUGGCCUGGGCUCUGCUCCACAGAGACUGGCCUAAAGCUCCCGCUGCCAAGAGACCACAC